AUGAAAAAAAUAGCCAGAAAAGAAAUGAGUGCAGAGAAAAAUGGUAGGAAACAAACUGGAGGUGGACCACCACCCCUAAACCAUCAGAGACAACAGAAUGUUGAUGUUGACACAACGCUUGAAAUGUCAAACACAGCAGAAUGCACCAUAUCUCUAGAUUUAAUGGAAAACGAAAUGUCCGAUGCAGGUGGUACUGCAAAUACUUCCUUAAAUGAGUGCAACAAUUUGUUAAACACAGAAGUAUUGGAUGAUAUUGAGACAGAUGCAGACUCAAAAAAGGUUGAUAUAACGUUUGACAACUCUACACCAAAGGCUUUGCUCAGGAAACCAAUUUCAAAGCAAUUAUCGAGUCCUCACAACAAAAGAAAGAAAUGUUAUACUCCUUUUGAAGCCAGAAAACGUAUCGUAACUCAUUUUGAAGAGAAAAAGAGUUUUUAA